AGUGGGAGGUUGCGCGGGGCGCCUCUCGGCCGCGUUGCAAGCAGAGCUCCUCUUUGGGCGGCGCCGGCCUUCCUCGGGAAAGAAGCACCUCCGGCUCCGUUGCGCCGCCUCCCGCGUGCUCCCCUCCUGCCCGGUGCCAUGUCCUCCUCCUCCUCCUCCAGGAGGAAAAGCAAGGGGCGGCCUCCCCACCCGGACGCCGCUUCCCCGCUUGCCUUGCGGCAGGCGGCUCACGAGGUUCCCGGCAGGCUGAGCUUGGCUGCUGCAGAGUUCCUGAGCAAAGCAGACGACAAAGUCCCCAAAAGUUACAGAAGAUCUCUUGUUCAGCUGGCCCUCAACAACAUGAAACUGGCAAAUAUAUGCAUAGGCCGACCAGUGUUGCUCACCAGUAAAAAUGGAAAACAAGAGGUUUGUACUGCAUGGCCUGUUGCAGGCUUUCCUGGUGGAAAAAUUGGCUUAAGUGGAAUUACACAAAAAAAUCUGAAAGUGGGACUUGGCGAAACAGUCAUCGUCGAACCUGUGACUGGUGCUGUCCUGCAGGCAGAGGAUGUAUAUUUGAAGCUGAGGAGCGAAGAUGCUUGCCUUAAUGUGGACGAGUUGACUGCUAGUCUCCUAAGAAAUCUAGAUGGAAAGGUGGUUUUACCAGGAAACCUCCUGCAAAUCACUUUCUAUGGCCGAUCUUGCAACCUGAUGGUUAUGAAGGUGAAAGGAACAGACGGGGUUCUGCGGGAAAUGCAGGACGAUCCCGUUUCUAAGCUAGAACAGAAACUGUCAUUUUAUACCAGUGAUUUUGACUUAUCUGUGCAACUUGACAAACUGCUCAUUGAAGACAGUCAAGAAGGAACAUCUACCAGCACACCAUGCAAGCAGGUGGAUCACAGUUUAUCAGUUAAUGCUUCCAUAGAUACCAUGGUGCGUGAGGAAGAGAUUUCUGGUUCAACGCAGUUAUUUGGUGACCAUGUUGCAGCCUCCUCUUCUGCACCUGAAUCUACCAAGUCAAAAGGUGGCGAGGCCUGCAUUACUGAUGAAGGGUUACUGCACACUAGUCAAAUAGGAGCAUCAUUGAGCUCUGAGCCAUUUUACUUCAUAUCUUCAAGGACUAGGAUAAGUUUCGUUGAAUCUCGAACUAAAGAAACAGAAGAAUGCAAUCUGGAACCGAAGGUUACUUACAGUUCUAUAGGUGGACUCGAUAACCAGCUAAAAACCAUAAGAGAAAUGAUUGAACUACCCCUGAAGCAGCCUGGCCUGUUUAGAAGUUAUGGAAUCCCACCUCCACGAGGGGUGCUGCUCUAUGGUCCUCCAGGAACAGGGAAGACCCUGAUAGCCAGAGCAAUUGCAAAUGAGGUUGGGGCUCACGUCUCCACCAUUAACGGCCCAGAAAUAAUAAGCAAGUUUUAUGGAGAAAGUGAAGCCAAGUUGCGACAGAUAUUUGCUGAAGCCUCCUCACGCCGUCCAUCCAUUAUAUUUAUUGAUGAAAUCGAUGCACUCUGCCCAAAGAGAGAAGGGGCACAGAGUGAAGUUGAGAAGAGAAUUGUAGCAUCCUUGUUGACACUGAUGGAUGGCAUUGGAUCAGAAGGCAAUGAAGGGCAGCUCUUAGUACUUGGAGCAACUAAUCGUCCCCAUGCUCUGGAUUCAGCCCUACGCAGACCUGGCCGCUUUGAUAAGGAGAUUGAAAUUGGGGUUCCCAACGCUCAGGACCGACUGGACAUUUUCAAUAAGCUUCUUAACAAAGUUCCUCAUUCACUGACGGCAACAGAGCUGGUUCAGUUGGCUGACAGCACCCAUGGCUAUGUAGGAGCAGACCUAGCUGCAGUGUGCAAAGAAGCAGGCUUGUACGCUUUACGGAGAGUACUUGGGGAGAAAGCAAACCUCUUGGAUGAGGAUGUGUCUGGAUCGGUGAUAAUUACUCGCAGCGACUUCCUGCAGGCAAUGAACGACGUCAGGCCCAGUGCCAUGAGGGAAGUGGCAGUUGAUGUGCCAAAGGUAUCCUGGUCAGACAUAGGAGGGCUAGAAGAUGUCAAACUGAAAUUGAAACAAGCGGUGGAAUGGCCACUGAAGCAUCCCGAGUCUUUCAUUCGAAUGGGGAUUCAGCCACCAAAGGGAGUACUACUUUAUGGACCUCCAGGAUGCUCAAAAACCAUGAUUGCAAAGGCAUUGGCCCAUGAAAGUGGGCUGAAUUUCUUGGCAGUGAAGGGCCCUGAACUGAUGAACAAAUACGUUGGAGAAUCUGAACGUGCAGUCAGAGAGAUCUUUAGGAAAGCCAGAGCUGUUUCACCCUCAGUGUUGUUCUUUGAUGAAAUAGAUGCCCUGGCAGUAGAAAGGGGGAGCUCUUCAAGUACUGGGAAUGUGGCAGACCGCGUCUUGGCACAGCUGCUGACAGAAAUGGACGGGAUUGAACAGCUAAAGGAUGUGACUGUUUUGGCUGCGACAAACCGACCAGAUAUGAUAGACAAGGCUUUGAUGCGACCUGGUCGAAUUGACAGAAUCAUAUACGUGCCUCUGCCUGAUGCAGCCACUCGUAAAGAAAUAUUUAAAAUCCAGUUUUCCGCCAUGCCUGUGUCUGAGGAGGUCCACAUAGAUGAGCUUGUCCAACAAACACAGAAGUAUUCAGGAGCAGAGAUAACUGCGGUUUGUAGGGAAGCUGCACUUCUUGCCCUUCAGGAAGAUAUACAAGCAAAAUGCAUUAUGGGGCGGCAUUUCCAACAAGCCUUGUCUAUUGUGACUCCUCGAAUUCCAGAUUCUCUGCAGAAGUUCUAUGACGGCUAUCAUCAACAGAGUGGGCUACAUUCACUUUGAGAAACUGAUUUAUUUAAUAAUUGUACAUUGU